CUUGACACGGCAAUUUCCCAAUUAGAGAGGAACAAGUGAACGUGCUCCCCUACUUAGCGACACGUAAACGGGGCACUCGUGUCUUCACAGCAAAAGACAACUCUGUGUGUAAAAAAUCUGCGAACGAAAAAAAAAAGAGAAAGCGCAAUAACAUGCACGCCUUGGUGAACGCCUUCAUGCGCUGCCUCUCCUUCCUCUUGCCUCCCUCUUGGCUUUGUGUCAGCUUUUGCUUGUGGGUUGGGAAUGAGUGCGAAGAGACGCUGCUGCGGCCCAAUCCCAGAGCUCGUUUCAAAAGCAGAAAGCCUCUUACAUAUGAGGAAGUAGCAGCACUAGCAGCAGCAGCAGUAGAAGCCCAAGGAGGCUCCUGCCCGUCGGUCUCAUCAGGUCCAGGCUGCGUCUCGCUGGCUGCUACAAGCCCCUCUGCUCCUCAGGGCCCUCCGUUGGGUCGGAUCUGGAUCGGGGGUCUUUGGCGAGCCGUGGAGCGCGUCUUUGGAGCCCCUUGGGUCCUUCUCCGCCAUCACUGGUGCCCGAAGAAGCGUCGAGCAGCUUUACGCGCCCCGUAUCCUGUCUGUGCCUUCGACUCGAGCAACAUUCGAAGCUGCCAGGGAGGCGCUGCUGCUGCUGCUGCUGCUGCUGCCACUGCUGCUGCCACCACCGUGGAGGGGAAGGAAGCGGGUGGAAGCACCUUGACUUCGAGGAACAUGAGCCUGUCCUCGGGGAGCCCCAUCCCGAACCCAGCGGAGUGCGUCCUCGAUGCGUCAGCGGAGCACGGCAUCGAUGAGGUAAUCACCGUGGAUCAGCACACGCAGGAGAUGGGCACGGUGACGAUAACAGUGGCCAUUCAAGCAGCGGAGGAGGACGAGGAACCGGUGGAAGUGUCAUCUAAUACAAGUGACUUCCUCGGAGGCAGCUGUAGUGAGGACGAAAUCGGAAGACAUGACAAAUCGAGCGGUGCCGGCACCAGCGGAGGGGAGUUGGAGGAGGAGAGCUGGCAGCCCCCAGAUUCAGAGCUCAUCCAGAAGUUGGUCGCUCAGAUUGAGUACUACCUGUCUGAUGAGAACCUGGAGCAUGACGCUUUCCUGCUCAAACACGUCCGGCGCAACAAACUGGGAUUUGUCAGCGUCAAGUUGCUCACUUCAUUCAAAAAGGUGAAACACUUGACUCGUGACUGGAGAACAACUGCUUACGCUCUGAGACACUCGAAGAUACUUGAGCUGAACGAUGAGGGGCGGAAGGUGCGGCGUAAAACCGCAGUGCCAGUCUUUGCCAGCGAGUCGUUGCCCAGCCGCAUGCUGCUGUUAAGUGAUUUGCAGAGCUGGCCCGAGCUGGCAGCUCUCACGAAGGAUAAUGGAGUCAGUGAGGGUGCAGCCACUCAGCAGGAGCAGCUGAUGAAGCUGCUGCUGAAAGAGUUCGGCACGUACGGUGCCAUCGCCUCCGUCAGAGUCCUGAAGCCCGGGAAGGACCUGCCGGCUGACCUGAAGAGGCUGAGUGGCCGCUACACUCAGCUGGGCACUGAGGAAUGUGCCAUUGUGGAGUUUGAGGAGGUGGAGGCUGCUGUUAAAGCCAACGAAGCUGUGGGGUGUGAGGAUGGAGGGGCCGGUUCCCUGGGGUUGAAAGUAGUCCUGAUUGGCACCAAGCCUCCCAAGAAGAAGGUACCCAAAGAGCGGCCGCGCGAGGAAGGAGGGAUGCGCAAAAGUCGCUCGCUCAACAGCAGAGUACGUGAGCUUCAGUACCACGGGGACGACUCGGCCUGCAGCUCCUCGGAUACUGAGAGCAACCCUACGUCCCCUCGGCUAGCCAGAAAGUCCCAGUCCUGCAACAAGCUGAGCCCCCCACUGCAGGCAUCAACUUUCCAGAACAAUCACCUCAGUCCUACGAUGUCCCCGCGUAACAGUCCCUGGUCGAGCCCCCGUGCCAGCCCCUGUCCUCAGCGCAAAUCUCCUCAAUCCCACAAGUCUCCCUUAGCCAGCGAGGGCAGACUGAGCCCCGAGCCUGGGCGCCGCUGGGCAGACUACUCCUCGGACAGUAGCCUCACCCCGUCGGGGAGCCCGUGGGUUCAGAGGCGCAAGCAGGUGGCGUCUCAGGAGAGCAGUCCGGUGGGAAGCCCGAUGCUGGGUAGAAAGAUCCAGAACGCCGACGGCCUGCCACCCGGCGUAACGAGGCUGCCGAGGGGUCCCGACGGCACCCGUGGCUUUCACUGUGUCUCCGUUGCUGAGAGGGGAAAGACUGCUGCUACUCAGACUUGAUACGUGGAUCCUCCUCACGCGUUCCUCGUCCCCCAGAAAUAAAAUUUGAAUUGGGAAAUGUGAGCUGUUCUUGGCCGCGUCGCUCUACCACCCCCCCACACCCCACACCCCACAUUUGAGAAUGUAGAUAUAUUUUUGUUGAGUGCAUCAGUUUUCAGUCUUUGUUAUAUUUUUAUACGACGUUUUGAGUUACCAUGGCAACAUUAGUGAUUUACUAAUGGACAUUUGAGUGAAUGUAAAUUGACAUUGCUUUGAAAUGGACGGUCAUCUCCAUUGCUGUCUAAACUUGUUUUACAUGGGGGUGGAGAGGGAAUUCCACUUUUUUUUUUUUAUUGAAUGUGUCCUCUCGUCUUGUGUGUAGAAGCUCACAACAUUGUCUGUGGAUGGUGUGUACAUGUGUAAGUGGUGUAAGUGGCACAUGGACUUGAUAGAGAUAUCACCAUAUGCCUUUUUUUCCGUAUUUGUCUACUGUGAGUUUUAUUUUUUACAUGCUAUUUAAACUGAGGCCAUAAUUGCUCCACUGCCAUGAAGGUUGGACAGUUAAAUCUGGGACUUGAUAUUUUUUAUUUUUUUAUUUCAAUAUUUUCAGUAGGCUCUUAGUCGGGAACGUCCCGGCCUGUAAAUGUUCAUUUGUUCGGCACUUGGCUGCUUUAUUUAUUAUUUUAGCUUUAUUUUCAUUUUUUUCUUGGCAUCCGUUUCCAUCAGUCUAAGCUCUGUGAGGUACAAGGGAUGUUCAGGUCAGGCAGAAUAAAAUGCUCUUAUGUUCUUGCCUUUACAUCUGAGCUGGGGUAUUUGUACAGUGCGAUUCCUAUUGUACAAAUAAAUCACUAAAAUUGCAA